AUGAAGGAAGCAACGGCAAUCAACGUUCAGAUACACGUAGAAGAGUUCAAGAAAGAACUCACGCGGGAAGUCCUUCACAUGACUCAGGAGGUCACCAGGCUGCAGAGGGAGAGGCAAGGUCUGGAGCAACAGAUCGCCGACUUAUUUGCAUUCUAUGCCAAACAGAAGCAAGCGGGCAAGGUGAGCGUGGGCUACUGA